AUGGCAGGAACAAUCAAUAACCCAAAGAAGCCCAAGUCCAAGCGAGGUACAACCCGCCUUCGCCACAAGAUCCAGAAAGCGUCCGCGGCCAAGCAGAGGAAGGAUCGCAAGCUCGCCAAGAAGAACCCAGAAUGGAGGUCGAAGUUGAAGAAGGAUCCUGGAAUCCCCAACUUGUUCCCUUACAAGGAGAGGGUUCUUGAAGAGAUCGAACAACAGCGCUUGAGAAAGAAGGAAGAGGCUCAACGAAGAAAAGAGAUGGUCAAAGCUGCUCAGACUGGUGGCGAGCAGGAUGCCGACGAGGGAACGGGCAAUGUCGUUACUGAUGGUGGAGAAGAAUAUAUGGACGACGACGACGGCAUGGAUGAGGACAUCGAUGAGUCGAACCCGAUGGCUGCCCUGCUCGCCAGCGCCCGGGCUGCGGCCGAGAAUUAUGAUCGAAAACUCGCCGACGACGAUGCCAUGGACGAGGAUGACGACAGCGAUGAGUCGGUUAACGAUGGCGAGCGGAUGUCUAUUGGUCAGGCUUCAUCUCGAAAAACCUACGACAAGGUCUUUAAGUCGGUUGUAGAGGAGGCAGAUGUCGUGCUCUACGUCCUGGAUGCUCGUGACCCCGAAGGUACCCGCUCAAGAGAUGUGGAACGAAGUGUCAUGGCUGCUGCUUCUGGCGGAAAGCGCCUCAUUCUUGUUCUCAACAAGGUCGAUCUGGUUCCUCCCAAGGUUCUGCGCGACUGGCUCAUCUACCUUCGCCGUUACUUCCCAACACUUCCUCUGCGAGCAUCAAACCCUGCUCCAAAUGCCCACACCUUCAACCACCGCGACCUCACUGUACAGAGCACGUCGGCCGAUUUAUUCAAGGCAUUGAAGAGCUAUGCCACGAGCCGCCAAUUGAAGCGCGCAGUCUCUGUUGGUGUGAUUGGAUACCCCAAUGUGGGCAAGAGUUCCGUCAUCAAUGCCUUGCUGGGACGACUGAGCGGAAAGGGCGGUGCUUCGAACAAGGCAUGCCCUGCCGGAGCCGAGGCUGGUGUGACCACGAGCAUUCGUAAGGUCAAGAUCGACAGCAAGCUGACUCUGCUUGACUCACCUGGUGUCGUCUUCCCCUCUUCCUCUUCCUCACACUCGGCUGGACUUGUCUCUCUCAAGAACGCAACUGAAGCGCAUGCUCACCUUGUCCUUCUCAACGCUGUGCCACCUAAGCAGAUCGACGACCCAAUCCCUGCCGUCAACCUUCUCAUCCGCCGCCUUUCCGCUUCCCCCGACCUCUUGCAGAAGCUCAAUGAUGUUUAUGACAUCGCUGCCCUCCUCCCUAGCAAGGCUGACGGUGAUAUCACCAGCGACUUCCUUGUACAAGUGGCCCGCAAGCGCGGCCGUCUCGGAAGGGGAGGCAUUCCCAACCUGAAUGGUGCUGCCAUGGCAGUCAUCACCGACUGGCGUGACGGCCGUAUCCAGGGAUGGGUUGAACCCCCCGUUCUUGCCGUCGACUCAUCCAAGACGCCAACGAAGGGUGAGAUCAAGAAUGCAGGCGAGGAGGAGGUCAUGGCCGACCAGAAGCAUAUCGUCACGGAAUGGGCAGCCGAGUUCAAGCUUGAGGGACUCUGGGGCGACAACGAGGCUGGCAAGGAUGACGCUAUGGAGCAGUAG